GAUGAGAACGAGGAGAAGAACAGAGGAAGAGAAUCAUCAAGAAUACAAGAAAGGGUUGUGGACAGUUGAAGAAGACAGCAUUCUUAGGGACUAUGUCCUUACUCACGGCAAAGGCCAAUGGAACCGCAUCGUCAGGAAAACUGGGCUGAAGAGGUGUGGAAAGAGCUGUAGACUUAGAUGGAUAAAUUAUCUGAGCCCUAAUGUGAAUAAAGGUAAUUUCACUGAACAAGAAGAAGACCUCAUUAUUCGUCUCCACAAGCUACUUGGCAACAGAUGGUCUUUAAUAGCUAAAAGGGUACCUGGAAGGACAGAUAACCAAGUCAAGAAUCACUGGAGCACUCAUCUCAGCAAAAAAAAUCGUCGGGGAUUAUCCUCUGCUGUCAAAACUACUGGAGAAGAAAACUAUCCACCGUCACUACUCAUCACCGCCGCAACAGCUUCUGGUCAUCAUCAACAAGACAAAAUCUGUGACAAGAGUUUCGAGGGCCUUGUAUCAGCUUCGAACGGGAAUAAACAAAAAGCGGAUUUGACACAUACUAAUGAUUUGAGUCUCUACUUCAAAGAGAGGAACAACUUUGAUAGCAGUAACACUUUCUGGUUUAAUGACGACGAUGAUUUUGAGAUGAAUCAUUCGCUAUGAUGGAUUUUGCGUCGGGUGAUACUGGCUACUGUCUCUAGUUUUGAUAAUUUUGUGUGUUUAAUUGUCUUAAUUCUGGUUCACUAAGGUCUGAGGAUAUUAAUAUAUAUAUACGAUCUACGAGUGCUUCUUUAUAUAUUCCGCAUUAUCAAUAAAAAGCGUAAUUCAAAUAUGGUAUCUUAAUAUAAGUCAAAGCAAAUGUUGUAACCAAAUGUAAAUUUUUUGUCCAACCUGCCAAGAUGCACUUGCAAUGCCUUCGCUACGAAUUGUAGAUCUGAAUGUAACAUAUUGUCAAAUAAGGAAAAACUUUCAUUCAAAAUAAAAGAUAAACAUCUUUAUCUCAACCAAAUGAUGAUGGUGUUUUAGUGGUUUCCAUUAUGGUGGAUGUAAAAGAACGUUUAUCCCUGACGUCAAAUUUUAGUGUCAAGAAUACGAAUAAACUAGUUCAAAUUAAGUUAGUAAACACAUAAGGUAUAAAGAGAAUAUAAAAAAUAUAUAUAAGGUGUCACUUGAACCCCUUUGAUUCCAAGUACUCAAGUAGGUAUGCCACAGUUGAGGAAGAGUUGUCCAGUCUAGGUUAGGGACAGAUUCUCUUCAAUGGCCAGUGCAAUGGUAUUAAUUUUUUUUUUUUAUAUUACGUUUUAGAUCCGUUAGAAAACCCGGUAAAUGGAUUACUCGUUCACUAUAAUUGUCCUAUAGAAAUUAUUCUGGUCACUUAAUAGUAAGGAACUCACUGAUUACGAAAAAGAAGAAGAUAAACUAUUAGGUUUUGGUAUGACCAUCGUACUCUUUAAAAUGUAAUUUAUUGUGUGGCACUAGUUAUGAAAUCUUCGAUUUCUUAUUAUGUUUUCUUCUAAUUUUUUAUAUUUGCAGAUAUUCCUUAAUACUAGUAAUGAAGAGUCAUUUGAUAUGUAUGCGGUGAAUAUGACCCUGCGGUGAAUCUGACACUGCGGUAAAUCU